AUGGGUAGCACCGGGACGAGUGCUGCCACAGUUCGGCAAGAUAAAGUACCAUUUCUAGAAUUCCCUUCCUCGAAUCAAGACGACCUUAACCGCCAGCAAUGCCUAAUUUACAUGAUUCCCGGCAACCCCGGGCUCGUCGCUUACUAUGAGCCGUUCCUCAAGACCCUGCGGCAGCUGCUCGACGAGAUAGAAGUCCGACAAGAUUACCAUUACGCUUAUCACAUCCACGGACGCAACCUCCUAGGUUUCGAGGACGAGGACCACGAGCCGCCGUUCGGAACAACCACCAGCUCCGGCACCCUGACCGAGCCCUUCUCCCUCGAGGACCAAAUCAACGGCGUCUGCUCUCACAUCCACACCGUCCACACCUCCACUCUGAAGAACGGACGCACCUUUGACUCAGUAAUCCUCAUCGGCCACUCCGUCGGCGCUUACAUCGCCCUCGAAACCUUCCACCGCCACCACACCGCCCAUCUCCCCACCGACACCACCACCACCACCACCACCAACCCUCCAACAGCCACCCCCAACAACCCCAACCAGCACCCCCACCUCCCCAACCUCCGCACCCUCCCCCUCCGCUCCGGCAUCCUGCUCUUCCCCACCGUCACGCACAUCGCGCAAUCGCCUAGCGGGCGACAGGUCAGCCUUCUGCGGACGAUCCCCUUGCUCGACCGCGCCGCGCCCCACGUGGCCAAGGCCUUCGUGGCGCUGUGGCCGGCGUGGGCGUUGGGCGCCGUGGUGCGCCGCGUGCUGGGGUUCCCCGCGCAUGCCGCGGACGCGACGCUGAGGUUCCUGGGCCAGCGGGAUGGGAUUUGGCAGGGGUUGUUUUUGGGGCUGGAUGAGAUGAGGGCGAUUGGGGAGGAGAGGUGGGGGGAGGGGGUUUGGGAGGUUGGUGGGGGGGAGGUGGUGAAGACUGAUUCUGAAGGGGGGGAGGGGUGGGAAAAGUUUUAUUUUUGGUUUGCCGAGAGGGAUCAUUGGGUGGCGGAUCGGUGUCGUGAUGAGUUCAUUGAGAAGAGGCGGAGGCAUGAGAAGGGGAGGACGAGGGUCGUCGUGGAUGGGUCCGGUAUUCCGCAUGCGUUUUGUCUUCAUCACAGUGAAACGGUGGCUGAGAAGGUGAAAGGCUGGAUCGAGGAGGUUGCCGGCCGCCAGUGA